AUGCAGCGAGAACGAGCAGAAAGAAGCCCCAAGAGGCUUCGAGCUGACGAUGCAUGCUCUGCGUCGCUCCCUCCUGUGGAGAACGGCCAGCAGCAGCAACAGCAACAGCAGCAGCAGCAGCAGCAGCAGCAGCAGCAGCAGGCAGCAGCUCUAGCUCUGCAGGGGGAGCUUGCUCCUGGGGCCCUCUCCUCUCUCCUCUCUCUGCAUGCACGCUUUCACUGCGACGUUUGUGGGGCCGAUAUAAGUGGGUCUUUCCGUAUUCGUUGUGCUGAGUAUUGGACUGCAGAAGAAGAAAUGCUCCUCGUUGAGGGAGUCAGCAAACAUGGAUUCGGUAACUGGCUGGAGGUGGCUGAGUUGGUAUCGCAUGCAUCAAUGGAGCCAAAGACAGCAGAUCAAUGUGAACGCCAUUAUUUAAAUUUUUAUUUAAAUUCUCCAACUUCUCCUCUUCCUGAUUUAUCUGCACUUAUACAAAACAAAGAUGGGGGAGCUAUCACACCAGAAGAAGCUAAAACACUCAGAGAAGCACAACAACUAACGAAAACUGAACCAGAGCCCGUUGGCGGCACGACCAGCCCCACUCCCCUCGCCCGCAAAAGCCCCAAACCUUCUCACUCUAUCGUCGGCUACUGGCCCCUACGCGGAGACUUUGACGUCGAGUUCGAUAACGACGCUGAACUCAUCCUAGCUGAUAUGGAAUUCAAGGACGGAGAGGCGGUGCAGGAGAGACAGCUGAAACUACAAAUCAUCGAGAUUUAUAAUUCUAAACUCGACGAACGCAUAUACAGAAAAAACACCAUCAUCAGCAGGGGGUUGCUGGACGUUAAGUCGAUUCACAUGCGAGACAAAAAAAGAACAAAAGAAGAAAGAGAUCUCCACAACCUCUUUAAGCCCCUGGCUAGGUUUCAAACUGAUGAGCAGCAGGAACGUCUGGUGCAGCUUCUUAUUGAAGAACGCCGCAUACGCCAACGCCUCGCCCUCCUCCAUGAGUGGUGCAGCUUGGGAUUGAAAACUGCUAAAGAUGUAGAGGCAUAUGAAGAAGAGAAAGCAUGGAGAGAACAGCUGCGUACGCGGGCCCCAGACUUGUGUCUAUCAGCAGCACCAGCUGGCACUAUCCACGCAGCAGCAGCAGCAGCAGCAGCAACAGCAGCAGCAGCAGCAGCAACAACAGGGGCCUCAGCCAAGGCCCAGCCCCCUGCUGCUGCAAAAGGCAGAUCAGGCCAAAGGGGUGGUUCUCUCUCUGCUGCAGCAGCAGCUACACCGGGGACGGGGGGCCCCCAAGUGGGGGCCCCCGUUACCCCUAUUAAGAACUUCCCUGGCGCGAAGCUCCUCAAGCCAGAGGGUGUGGGGGCCCCCCCUGGGGCCCCCAAGGCCCUGGGGGGCCCCCCUACUGAGGGGGGGGUACCAGCAGCUGCUACAGAGCAAGAAGGGGAGGCCCACCCGCUGCCGCAGUUUGUGCAGCCUGGGGUGUAUAGGCAGCUCGGCAACGCCGCAGAUGAGCAGCUGCAUGCUGCAGCAGCAGCAGCUGCUUUUGCUGCUUCUACUCCUGCUGCUGCUGCUGCUGCUGCUGCUGUUCCUAGUGCUGCAGCAGUAACAGCUGUCGAGCAGCAGCAGUAA